CCUCCACAAUCCUCGCAUGUUUGGUCGGCCUUUUUACUACUUUGUUAAUUCUAUAAUUUCUAUUUAUACAUAAACUCACUCAAACACUAAAUACACAUCUCAAUCACUGAAGUCUCUCAGUCUCUCCUCUUUUCUCUCUUCUUUGAUGGCUUCAUUUGCUGUAAACUCAACUUUUUGUUUCCUUGUUGCUGUUUUGUGCUUCAUUGGGAACAAUGUUGAAGGUAGAGAAGGUAAGAUCUUCUUUAGCAAGUUCACUCACUUAGAUCGUCCUAACAACAAAGAGGUACAUCUAACAACAGCUCCCGCUCCCGCACCGGGCCCAGCCCAAGCCAAUGGAAGACUCGGUGACGGGCCUUUCGGGCCAGGUUCCGGUAUGAUUCCUCAAACCAAAAAAGAGUCAUGGCCGGUUUCAUCGACCACCACAGACGAAGAGUUUGAGAAAUUGAUGGCUACAUUUGACCAAGAAAAGAGCAACAACCAAUUACCUGAGGAGUUUGAGGAGGAAGAAGAGUCCCAAGAAGAUCUUAGUGAGCAAAAGGAUAAGUACAACAAUAAUGGAUACACUUACACUACCAAUAAUUAUAAUGAUAAUAGGAGAGGUUACGGUAAUGAAGAAGAGAGACAAGGUAUGAGUGAUACAAGGUUCAUGGAGAACGGUAAGUACUUCUACGACACAAGAGGUAGGAGUUCUGAAUAUACUCCUAGCCGCAGGUAUGAGAGUGCUCGAGGAAAUGAACAUCCCAACGAGUUUGAAACUAUGGAGGAAUACUACAAGAGCUUGGAAGGUAGUCAAGAGGAGUUUGAGCCUUGAAAAGAAAAUAAACUUUUUUUAUUUGAGAUACCAAAGAAGUUUUUGAGUAAGUGUGAAAUCUCAGUUUACUUGUAUUUUAUGAGAUGUGAAACCUACCAAUCACUUAUAAAGUUAUACAAUAUCAAAAGUUGUGAGUUAUGUUUGAUAUGUUUA